ACUCAGCGACAUGGCUUCAAAGAUUGUUAUCCUUGCUUCCUGCUUGGUCGGCUUGGCCGCAUCCCAUGGCACAAGCCACACUUCUGUUGCAAAACCUCAUCAGGGAGACUAUAAAUACGGAAUCGACCAUUCCUAUCAUGGUCAAUGGUCAGGUGCGGCUCAUCCUCACGGUUACGGCGGAUUGGGAGACGGCCACGGAAGUUAUGGACUUGGAGGAGGCCAUGUGCUAGGAGCUCUCGGCCAGGGCGGACUGGGCGGUCACGGUGGAUUCGGUGGUCAUGGAGGUUUAAGAGGUAGCGGCGGAUUCGGAGGGUACGCUGGACACGGAGGAUUUAGCGGAGCAGGAGUCGGUGGUUUCGGAGGCUAUGGAGGCCACGGAGUACUCGUUGGCACCGGAGGUUUCGGCGAGCAAGGAGGUUAUGACGGACUAGGAGGUUAUGGUGGACAAGGAGGUUAUGGCGGACUUGGAGGUUAUGGUGGACACGGUGGACUCGGUGGAUUAGGACAUGGUGCUUCCAGCUACUCCAACUACAACCUUCACUCGUUCAGUGGAAACGGUCAUGGCCACGGUGGAUGGUGAUGACUACGCUUAACAGAAGGAAUGUCUUGUCAUAUGUUAAUAUACUUAUUUUUGUACUGAAAUAAAAAUAAAUAGUUGUAUUUUUAAGCAAA